ACCUGAACGUCUUGGCUGCACCAGCGCGCUCCGUCUGAACACUGAUGUCUCCACUGAACACAUGUCACAGCCCGCUAUGAGAGAACACUUAGAGAACCACAUGUGACACUUCGAAGGCGUGGAAAAACCGUGAAUUUCUGCUCUAUAGUGUUAUUUUUUCGGCUGGAAACUUCACGGGAGAAGAACGUGUCGUUUAAAUAUAUAUCUUUAUUUGUAUUGCGAUUGUUAUUACCGAUACAGGUAGAAAUAAAUAAAGAUAAAAAAACAGUUAUCCUUAUAAGAGCUAAGAUGAAAAUUGAAAAACGGCAAAACAUAUCACUUAACAUGUUUUAGAGAAACAGAGGAAUAGACACUGAAAAAAGAACAAGACAAGGGAGAGAAAUAAAAAAGAAUUACCCCCCCCCCUCUCCCCUUGCCGUAAAGCCGUGCCCCUGGCCAAAAGCCCCGUCAGCCAUGGCCAAAGCCCGGAAGACGAAGCAGGGCUCACACCUCCGGCAGAAGGGCUACGGCGUGGAGGUGCUGCUGCUCCUGGGAAUCCUGGCGUUGAGUCUACCUGCGGGGUCCUGCCAGAACGCCAACGUCAACCUACAGGUCCUGGAUGAACUCCUUCAGCAGUACGACAGAAGAGCCACGCCAACCAAUCAUCUCAACAAUGCCACGACAGUCAACUGCGAGUUGUACAUCAGGAGCUUCGGAUCCAUCGACCCAAACUCCAUGGCUGAAGCUGGUGUUCGCCUGCAUGAUGGAGCUUUCGAAAUUCCCGCUCGAUUCGCAAGUCUGCACCAUGGAGAUCGCCAGCUUCUCGAAGACGAUGAAGGAGCUGAACCUGUCGUGGAAGAGCGACGCCCCCAUCAAGAUGUACAAGAACAUGCGGAUGCCGCAGUUCGAGAUGGAGGAGAUCGUCCCCACCACCUGCCAGGAGUCCUUCCAGAUCGGUAACUACAGCUGCCUGGUGGCCGAAUUCCGCAUGCGGCGCGCCAUCGGCUUCCACCUGGUGCAGAGCUACCUGCCCACCACGCUGAUCGUGGUCAUCUCGUGGGUGUCCUUCUGGAUGGACGUGGACUCCGUGCCGGGGAGGACCACGCUCGGCGUCACCACGCUGCUCACCGUCUCCUCCAAGUCGUCGGGUAUCCAAGCUGGACUACCGCAGGUGUCCUACGUGAAAGCCAUUGACGUGUGGAUGGGUGCUUGUACAGCCUUCGUGUUCAGCGCCCUCCUGGAGUUCACCCUGGUCAACUACCUGUGGCGUCGCCGCCCCCUGGGGGAGUCGAGGACCUCCACGGGCCCCAACGGCAACUGCAUCCGCUCCUACAACUCGCAGAAGUUCCCCUGCGGGACGCCAAGCCCCAACGAGUCCAAGACGGUGGUGGCAAGCCUGGCCAACUCCCCCGGCCUCACUCCUGUCGGGGGCGCUGAAGCGCCGGGCGAGGCGGGCAACAUGGCGCAGGUUAUGCGCGCCUUCAAGCAGACGAACAAGAUCAGGGCGCGCCAGAUCGACGAAUACUGCCGCGGCAUCUUCCCGCUUUUCUUCGGCCUCUUCAACAUCUUCUAUUGGUGUUACUAUUUGCUGUAAGAGAGAUGAAUUCCCUAGCUUCGUCCCAGACCCCAAGUCGUGCUGUAGGACCCAGAGACCCCGGCUCAGCUUCGCGACCCUCGGUGUACUUAGGACCCAGCACCACGCCAUGUGCAUCGGCCUUCUGUCAGGAUCAUCUACCCUGCUGUCGAGGGGGGGAAGUCAUCGCUGACUUGACAACUGCUCCAUUUAGCAGCGUAGAUUUUGGUUGAUUUCUUCACCCCCCCUUUCCCCCUGCCAACAGUCCUCCAACAGUGCCCCAACAGUCACCCAACAUCUAACUUUUCCUCUUCCAGCACCAACACUCAACUCAUUCUUCGCUCUACAUUUCAGGAUUCACCACCUCCCCUUACUUCACACACGUACUCAAAAGCAUGAAAUACGUACACGGACACAAGAAAGAAACAGAUAAGAACAUAUAAUCACUCAUAAUGGACAUGUUCACACUGUAUAUCCUACCUGAGUUGGAAACAUGACGUUCCUGGUAUACCAGCGAUUUUGCUAAUAUUCUACUUGAAGGACCAUAAUAUAAUACUGUUUUUAAAAGGAGGAGACAUU